ACGAGACCAACAAGCUUGAAUACCAUGGGUGUGCUUGAACGACAGUUGGUGGGCUGAUAUAAACUGGAACAGCACAAAGCUGAACAGAAACAGGAUCAUAUCCCAAGGUGUGAAUUUGUAGUCCAACAUGAUGCAGAGGGAGGACGAGUCUGCACGGGAGGAGUUUAGCUACACUCAUAUCCCAACUCUGGAGAGAUCAAGUGCGGGUGGCACACUAAGUCGACGGUUGGACCGAGAGAGGGACAGAGUGGAAAGGGACAGCUACAUAGUGGAUGUGAGAGCCAGUGAUUUGGAGCUGGAUCAGGGUGAAGCGUUUCACCCUUGUUUCAGCUACAGAGCUUGGCUCUACAGCAUCCUCAUAGGGUGUAGUCUUCUGAUCACAGCGGGUUUCUCUCUCUACCUGGGUAAUGUGUUUCCUGAUGCAAUGGACUACUUGCGCUGCGCAGCUGGAGCGAGUAUCCCAGCUGCAGUGGUGAGCUUUGCCAUUGCCACAAACUGGCGAGUCGCAGUGUCUGAUUUUCAACUGGUGUACGUCUCCACAUUUGCUGUAACAACCACGUGUCUGGUAUGGUUCGGCUGCAAGCUGGUUCUCAGCCCAUCAGCCAUCAAUAUCAACUUUAACCUGAUCCUACUUACUCUGCUGGAAGCUCUCAUGGCCAGUACUGUCAUUCUCUCAGCUCGCUCUGUAGAAGACUGCUGCAGUCACAGUAAGCAAGUUUAUGAUGGUCCUGUGGCUGUUGUUCCGCCUAAAUUCCCUUCACGUCUUCUCAAAGCUUAUGCAGUGAUUGAGGUGAUUGUUGGGAUCUCUGCAGUAUUUGGUGGUAUUAUUGCUCUCAACAUGGAUGCUCUGCUCCCAGGACCUUACGUCUCUGUCACAUUCUUCUGGAUUCUAGUGGCUUGCUUCCCGAGUGCCAUAGCCAGUCAUGUGGUGUCAGAAUACCCUAAGAAGUGCCUGAUAGAGACAUUGAUUGCUAUCGGCAGUGUCACAUCACCACUGCUGUUCUCUGCCUCUGGUUUUCUGUCCAACAGUGUGUUGAGUUUUAUUGAGAUCUUCCAGCAUGAGGUUCCCACAGCCAAGCAAUCAUAUGACAUCCUCCUGUUGAUUCUGAUGGUGCUGCUGCUGGUUCAGGCAGGCCUGACACUGGCCACUGUGGUACACUGUGCCGCUUAUAAGGGUCAGCUGCGCAUAGGAGCCCCAGACUGGGAUGACCAUCUGGAGCCACACCAGUUUGAGCAACAGGGAUCCAAUGGCACACUGCGAGAGUUUGACAAAGAGAAGGCCUGGAAGGCAGUAGUAGUACAAAUGGCCCAGUGAGCACAUGCACAUGGAGCAACAAGAGGAAACAGGACUGAGGAAUAAAUGUGAGUGGAGGAGGACAAGAGGGGUGAGAGGGGAGGAAUCAAAAGUGAAAAUAGAGAGUACAAAAAUAUGGGAAACUAGAGGAGGGUACGACAAACUCCUUCAGAAGGAGGAGUAGGUAAAUAACAGAUCAUGAAUUUGUCAGUGUGUGCUUGUCAGGGGAUUUAAUGCCAUAUAUUCCAGAGAUUUUCGGUAUUAAAAAAAAAAAAGGUAUAAAGAAUUUCAAUAUUUGUCCUGAUAAUACAGUGUAUACAUUUUUAACAGUUAACAAAAUUCUAAGAAGAGGAAAAUCUGCAAAAAUGUGUUGGGAGCUUUAGCAUCUGUAAGAAAAUCAAACACAAGAUAUGCAUGCUUUGUCUGUAUGCACAUUAAAGCUGGAUCCAUAUUAGAAUGUGAGUAAACUUACUGUCCUACUGUCCUGUUAAGUAAUGGAUUUAGAUCAUUGGUUCCAGUCAUUGUUAUAUAAUAUGUGCAUAUUGUAUAUUAUGUAGUACAGUGGAACCUUGGAUUACGAGCAGAAUUCGUUCUGUAUAUGGGCUUGUAUUUCAAAACACGUGUGAAAUGUGAAAUAUGUCUUAGCCACAUUUAUAAGUCAAGCAUUUUCUGCUAGGGGUAUUAAACUGUAGAUGGUACAUGUU